AUGCGCUACGCUCUGAUCAAGUUCAGAGUGUACCUCGUCGGCGAAGAGACAUUCGAGGUGUAUACAGACCAUGCAUCGCUGCGAACAGCGAUGAAGAGUCCCCAUCUCUCGCAGCGUAUGGCUCGUUGGCUGUCGUUCUUCGCUGAAUACAACUUCGUGGUCCACUACAAACCCGGCAAGAACAACAUCCUAGCCGACGCGCUGUCGCGUCGUCCUGAUUACGACCCUCGCAAUAGCCUGGGCCACCAGCAGGCUAACGACGAAGAUGAUGAAGAUGCCUGUGCCAUGUGUGUAGCAUCAGGUCUGAACCUGACGAAUGUCGCCCCCGAACUAACCCUGCGCGCGGAGAUCGCCAACGCGUACGAAUACGAUACCACGUACUCGAAGAUCAUGGACUACCUUCGUUCCCCCAGUGAUGCGAAACUGGGCGAAAUGUCCCACCACAGCAGUCGCAAAUCGAUCGGUAUAGGAUCGACGACAAUCUACUCCAUCGACAAGUUCGAUGCACCUCGAGUGGUGAUUCCGAAUGACGCCGACCUUCGCUCACGGAUCAUCCAUGAGUUCCACGACGCUCCGAUAGGCGGACAUCUCGGCCGCGAGAAGACUUUCGCGGCGCUCUCGCGCACGUUCUUCUGGCCACACAUGUACAAGUGGGUCCGAAAGUGGGUUCGAACCUGCGAAAUCUGCCAACGCGUCAAGCCGUCUCCGUCGUCGCAGGCGCCACUGCGUCCACUACCAAUCCCCACUCAAGCCUGGAGCUCCGUAUCAAUGGACUUCGUCUUCGGCCUUCCGCCCGAUGAACGCGGGCGCACGGGCGUGCUUGUCUUCGUCGAUCGCUUCAGCAAAACGGUCCAUUUCGUCCCGGUCUCCGCGACGGUAACCGCGGAAGAGUCCGUGGUACACUUCAUUUACACUUUCUUCCGACACCACGGGAUGCCGGCGUCUAUCGUAUCGGACCGCGAUCCGCUGUUCACGUCUGCGUUCUGGUCCAAGCUCUUCGAGAUUGUGGGGACGAAGCUGAAGAUGUCCACUGCAGCCCAUCCGGAGACGGAUGGCCAAACCGAGCGUGUGAAUCGCGUUGUCGAGGAUGUCCUUCGAAGUUACGCGACUUCUUUUCAGAACUGGAGCUCGUUCCUGCCACUCGCGGAGUUCGCGAUCAACAACGCGGAGCACGCGUCGACGGGUCUCAUACCAUUCUCCAUCAACAAUGCGAGGCAUCCUCGUGUUUCAGCUCUCCUGGCUGUGGGACCUCCCUCACAUCCGCGUGGCUCCUCUCUGGGUGGGGGAGAAAUAGACUGCGCGAUCCCAGAUUCUGGAGACAAGUCAGCGACUCAACCGCCGCCGUCUGCCAUUUCGAGUCCAGCCCUCGCGGUCGCGAGCGCUAAUGCGGUGACCCGCUUGCAAACACGGAAGAUUCUCGUGACACCGCCUGACGCGGCGUUGCCUAUCGCCGCGUGGACGAAGCGAACGCUGAUAAAUCCAAGUGCUGCGCUCCCCACCGCUCAACCCGCGUCUUCUGCGAACUACACACCGAUCCCUUCGGCGCGACCCAUCGACACUGAGAGAGUUGAGGACUUUGGCCUCCAGCGGCAAGCCAUCGAUCGAUACGUGCGCGACGAACUUCAGGCCGCCGUUGAUCGGCAGAAACUGAACGCAGACAAGCGCGGUCGCGAGAAUAUGAUUAAGUUCAAGACAGAAGAUCGCGUGCUCCUGCCAACUGAAGGCAUUUGA